GUGGUUGUGUGUAUGUUUGCGGGGCUCGUGAGCAUUGCGGAAGCAUUGACGGCCUCUGGUGCUUUCACGAGAGCUCGCGAAUGUGGAAAGAUGGAUCCAAGCGAACCUAGGGACUCCUUGGAGUAGAGUUUAGCGGGGGCUUCCAAAAUGGUUGCGAGUUCUGCUGGUCAACCUGUGGCCAGGCGGUCAGGGUCAGACGAAGGUCGGAGCGAACCUGCCCCCACAAUGGAGGGAUCCCUUUGGCAGCGGCUGUGCCGGCGGUAUCACCGCCAGCUGUACCUGCGCUAUCUCAUGUACUUGUGGUGCGCGGUAGCGCUCGCGGGGGCGGCAGUCACUUUUGUCCUGGUCUUUGAGAUGGACAAGCACAACAGCUACAGUGUACUGAAGCGGACCUGCAAGGACAUAGCCACACACUUUGAGACGUCGCUGUAUCAGCAAGUGGACGCGGCGCGCAUCUUCAUCGGGUUCAUCUGGGCGUCUCCGGGCACUGUCAACCUCACGAGCUACACCAACUUUGCGGUUGCGACCGCGUUCCAGCGCACGGUGGUCAAGGCGAUUAUCUACCUGAAGUAUGUGCCGGGGGCGCAGCGCAGCGAGGUGGAGCAACAGUUGGGGUACAACUUCACCCAAUUGGGUGCCCUCGCUGGAGUUGGGAAUGUUAUCCUUGAGCCGAGGAACGUCUCUGCCGAGUAUGCAGUACUCCAAUUUUUCAACGUGCGGGAGAGACCGGCGGUUCCUGUGGGGUUUGACACCAUGUCUGACAUCCGCCAAACCAUAGCCCUGGCCAAUGCUCGGGACUGCGGGGACGUGGGCUUCACUCAGCCGCAGCGCUUUGCGAGCGGCCUUUCUGGAUUCUUUGGGAUGUUCCCGGACUAUGGCCUUCUCGAUCUCGCCAUACCAGUCAACGCCACUAUCGAUCAGCGGCGAGCGGGUAUCCAGGGGUGGGUCGGGGCGCAGUUCACGGUGAAUCAGUUGGCGGACGAUGUGCUUAAGCAGCUGAGGGGUCAGGGCGACGGGGACAACGUCAAGAUCUGGAUCUACGACGUGUCGCCGCAGUACGGCACCGGCUUCAACGACGGCCUCCUCUUUGGCGACGCAAACCACUUGCACUUUGAGCACACCGAAGCAUUUUCUGCGGGGGUCCGGGAUUACGAGGUGCGGUGCAACCGGGGCAUCAGCAACCGGGACCUGGUUCUGCACCCCUUGGGCUGGUCAGCGCUGGUGGUGGUUCUCGGUUUCCUCGCCGGGUUUAUUCUUUUGCUCACAGUUAAGAGAGCGGAGGAGGCCGAAAAGAACCUGCACCGGAUGGAGCGUCUGAACGGAGAGAUGGGCCAAGCCAAGGCGGCCGCAGAGGCUGCUGACGUGGCCAAGACCUACUUCCUGCAGAACAUGUCGCACGAGCUUCGCACGCCCAUGAACGGAAUGAUUGGCAUGACGAACUUGCUGCUAGGCACGGAGCUGGACGCGCAGCAGCUGGACUACGUCAAGACGGCGCGCGCGAGCGGGAACGCGCUCUGUUCGCUCGUCAACGACUUUUUGGACCUGUCCAAGAUCGAGGCGGGCAGGAUGGAGAUCGACUCGCUGCUCUUUGACGUACGGACGGAGCUGGACGAUGUGCUGGGGCUGUUUGAGGAGAGGACGCGGCAGAAGAACCUGGAGCUGGCGGGGCUGGUUCAGGAGUGCGUUCCGGAGUUGGUUCUGGGCGACCCGGGGAGGAUACGACAGGUGCUGAUCAAUCUGGUGGGGAAUGCCGUCAAGUUCACAAAGUCGGGGAGCGUGUUUGUGUACGUCCGAGUCGAGACUUUGGACGACGAGCCGGGUCCGGCGUCCGAAUCGCAUGCAAUCACCAUCGAGCCCGCCCCCGCCGAUCGCCCGUCAACCGCCGCCGAAUUCAGAGACGAACGGCAGCUGUGUCCGAGCAGCUCCGGGGCCAAGUGUGAGGUGCAUGACAUCAGCGAGGCCCGGAGUGACGUCAGCGGGCGGGCGGGUGCGAACAAGCGGAGCCGGCAGGAGACAGCGGAGGUCAGCGGGAGAGGGGAGAACGGAUCGGAAGGCGGACGGGCGUCGAGGAAAAAGAGGUGUCCAUGUCUAAGGCGGGGGGACGACUGGGAGGGGCCUUUGGAGGAGGAAGCUGAUGAAGGAACGAAAGCGGGGGGGCAGAGUCCAGGGGGCUACGUGCGGGAAGUGGACCCCCCCAUCUCGUUGCGGCCAGGGGCGCAAAGCAACCUCGAAGCGUACAGGCGGGCUGGUGACGACGACCAGAUAAGGUCGCCCGUCUACCAACAGAGCAGACGGAUCCGGCUUGUCGUAUCCGUAGAGGACACAGGCAUCGGCAUUCCGCUGGCGGUGCAGCGGCGGCUCUUCGAGCCGUUCUUUCAGGCGGACUCGUCCAUCACGCGCGAGUUUGGCGGCACCGGCAUCGGGCUCAGCCUCAGCCGCGCGCUGGUGCGUCUCAUGAACGGCAGCAUCGCUUUCAGCAGCACGCCCGACGUAGGGAGCACGUUCCAGUUCGACGUGGAGCUGCGUGUCUGCGAGACGGGCGCCCAACGUAGCAUGCCGCUGCGGCUGCAGUCGGCGCAGUCCGCACAGCUGGCCGGGGUGCGGAUACUCGUCGUCGGGAAUCACGCGGCACGCCGGGAGAUCGUUGCAGCGCACCUCAGGCGGCUCGAUAUGCAGCCCGUCGUGUCAGACUCGAGCACCGCCGCCGACACCCUUGCCGCGUGUGUCGACUCCCCCGACCGCUUCCGCCUGGCGAUUGUGGACGUUGAAGCGGUUGGGGGACAUGACACCGCCCGGCAGAUCGGGCAGCAGCUAUCCACGGACUUGCGGCUGGCGGGCCGGCUAGGCCUUGUGAUGGCCACGUGUCAAACCAGCGCGCAGCUGGAGGCGAAAGCCAAGUGGGCGGGUUUUGGACAGGUUCUCGUAAAGCCGCUGCGCAUGGGCACUGUAGAGGUGUGUAUGCUUCAAGCGUUGGGCGUGGCCAUGAGCCGGCAGCGUUCAGCGACGCCCGACAGUGCGGGGGGGGCGCUGCGCAUGUGGCUGCGGGGCAAACGAAUCAUGGUCGUGGAUGACAUGCUGAUCAACAGGAAAGUGGCGAGCAGCAUGCUGCAGCGGUUCGGCGCAGAAGUGACCGCGGUCGGCGGCGGAGAGGACGCCGUGGAAGCCGUGCGGAAAGCGGGCGGAACGCCGUUCCACAUGAUCCUCAUGGACCUGCAGAUGCCCGGCAUGGACGGCUUCGAGGCGGCGAUGGCAAUGCGGAAAUUGGAGGCCGAAGCUCGGGGCUUGACGAAUGGACACGUGUCCACUGCGGACGUCCGACAAGCGGACGGGCUAACGUCUGAUGUCGUCAGCGCCAAGCCUGGGGCGGGUAGCGAGGACGGGGCUCAGGGAGUGCCGAUCGUGGCGCUGACAGCUGACGUCAUGGAGGGCGUACGGGAGAAGUGCCUGGCGGCCCAAAUGACGGACUACUUGAGUAAGCCGUUGGAUCAGAAGCAGCUGCGGCAGGUGCUGACGCGCUUCUUCCCAUUGAAGCAAGCGGAAAUCAGCAAGCCUUAGCCUAACUUAUUUGUCAAAGACCAGCGUGAGGGUCAGCAUACUGGGUCAGAAAGGAUCUCGGGUUUCAUUUGAUUGGGGUCUGCAUAUACCUAUGCAUAAUUAUAACUCAUGCGUUUGGGCUACUCUUGCACUGGGACCGCCUUAACGGCGGAAUCGGACCUGGUGUCAGAGGAUUGGCUAUACGAGCUGAGCGAGAUUUGUAACACUAGCCGAGCCCCAAGUUUUCAAGGGCCUCGCAACUGAGCGGCCGUCAAAACAUAUUAAGGAGUGAUGCUCCCUGUAGCUUGUAGAUGAUAGGCGCACCUUGCGCGUUGCAUUGCUUCGUUCAUCAGCCUCUGACUCUGGUCCAUAGCUUGAGAAGGAUUCAUAUACGAAGCGUCAAGUUGUAAAGUAUAAUGGGCCCAGCGCGCUGCGAGACUGAGGUUCCACAGCUUGUGUAUCUAAGGUGUUCUGGUUCGCAACCGACUGUUCAACUCCGACGGUGUCACAACCGUCCCGGUCAGCUUUCUGGCAUCGGCCUUGCAUUUAGCAACUCGCAACCCAUCGAAGGGACGGUC